AUGUGUCCGUCAGUGCAGAUCAACAUGCCCAAGUUCACCUCCUGGAAAACACAACAGGUGGAUCAGCAUCAGGCUCCGCCCACUGCGCCUCAACAGCCUUUACUGGGGAAGUGUGUGUUCUUCCUGAGGACCACCGAGAAGGCCAUCAGCACCGCUAAUGUCCAGCAGGAGGUGAACUUUGGUGUGUUGGACUGCACCAAUGGAGACAUGUUGAACAGUCUGGAGACUCUUCUGGCCCACGUCAUGUUACCGGCGCUCCGGUCGCAGCAGACGUGGGGCUCAGUUCAGGAUGCCGCCUCCAGUCCACACAUCCAGUCCCUCCUGUCCUCUGUGGAUCAGUUCAUCAAGAAUCUGAGCUUGGUCAGAGUCAGCGUGGAGAAGAAGUUCAGGCUGCAGCAGGUGGAGCUCCCGGAGGUCAUCAAUGAGCUGAGCAGCCCUUCAGACUACACCUGUGCAGCCACUAACAGCCAGCUGGUAGAGUGUCUGGAGGGCGUGGUGUCGGCCUGGGCCCUUCAGAUCAAACAGGUGGUGACGCAGAACGAGCAGCUGAGGAGGGAGGCGGACGACGUGGGUCCGACGGCCGAGCUGGAGCACUGGAAGAAACGCAUGGUGACGUUCAGCAGUCUUAUCGAGGAGCUGAAGCAUCCUCAGGUGAAAAGGACUCUGGGAGUUCUGCGGAUCGCCAAGUCCCGAGUCCUGCAGACGUGGAGAGAGCUGGACAGAGACAUCACCGUCGUCGCCAACGAAGCCAAAGACAACGUCAGGUUUCUUUACACUCUGGACAAGUUCUUCAGACUGCUGCAGAAAUGCACCCCGACCACGGCUCUGGACCACAUCCCUUCCCUCAUGACCAGUAUCAGGAUGAUCCACUCCGUCUCCCAGUACUACAACACCUCAGAGCGCAUGACGUCUCUGCUGGUCAAAGUCACCAACCAGAUGAUCAGCACCUGCAGGAGCUACCUGCUGCAGGACGUGAGCCGGAUCUGGGACCACAGCAGGCCGGUGCUGCUGCAGCGGAUCGCAGAGUGUUGUAACCUGAACCUGGAGUAUCAGAGGAGCUUCCGAACGGUCCGGGACAAACUGAGAGAAAACCCAGACAACCGACAGUUUGACUUCAGUGAGAACUACAUCUUUGGGAAGUUUGACGUAUUCUGCAGUCGUCUGGAAAAAAUCGCAGACAUGGUGUCGACCCUGGAGAGUCUGGGUUCUCUUCGGAACAUGAAGGUUGUCGGUGUUGAGAAGAUCUUCGCCCGCUACCAAACCAUCGUCUCCACCACCAAAUCCAAAACCUAUGACAUCCUGGACCAUCGCAAGCAGGAGUUUGACAGGGACUACACAGACUUCCAGGUCCAGGUCCAGGGUUUGUUCCAGUCUCUGGAGUCUCUGCUGUCGUUCUGGUUCAGUCAGUCUCUGUCUAUUGGCCGGAUGCUGGAGCUGCUGGCGGUGUUCGAGACGGGCCCGACGGCACGUCUGGACCUGAAGGGCCAUUACCUCCUACUGCUGCAGCGCUACAGCCACGAGCUGGAGCAGCUGAAGAAGACCUACCACAGGGACAGACACCAGCCGCCGCUCGGACGCAACCUGCCGCCGGUCACCGGUCGGGUGCUGUGGUGUCGUCAGCUGUUCAGGAAGAUUGAAGCUCCCAUGUUGAUCCUGAAGAAGAAGCUGGACGUCCUCAAGGGGCCGGACCUGACCCGGGUCAUCCAGAACUACAAUAAGACGGCGGCGGCGCUGCUCCAGUACGAGGUGGUGUAUCUGAGGGCGUGGUCACAGGCUGCAGAGGGCGCCCCGCACGCUCUGAACACCACCCUAUUGGUCAGACACGACAACACCAAGGAGGUCUUUGUAAACCUGGACCCCAUGGUGCUGGAGGUGCUGCAGGAGGUUCGUUGGAUGACCAAACUGGGCGUGGCUGUCCCGGAGGCGGUCCACCAGCUGACGUCCAGAGAGUCAGUGCUCAAAGCUCUGCAGAGCCGGCUCUCAGACCUGCUCCAGGACUACAGCUCUGUGGUUGCUAGGAUACCGCCUCUCCUCCUCCCUCUGAUGCAGCCGUUCAUCAACCGGGUGGAGGCGUCAUUGUCUCCUGGACUCACCACGUUGUCCUGGACGUCCCUGAACACGGACACAUUUACAGACGGCGUGUUCCAGGCUCUCAGAGACCUGGACCAGGUGUCCAAGGCGUCCACAGACCUGCUGGAGUGUCGGAUUGGGGGUCUGCUUCAGGCCAUGGCGUCCUGUCCUCUCCUGGUCCUUCCUGAAGAGUCGGCGGUGUUACCUGAGGAUCUGCUUCAGCAGACACAGAGCACCGUGCAAACGGCAGCCGCCACGCUCCACUGGCAGAGUGAGCAGGUCCAGAAGUAUGUGAUGGAGAUGAUUGAAGAGCUGAAGAUGAAGAUGAAGCCGACAGAGGCCGUUAAUCUGGAGGGAUCCUUCCAGUGUCUCCAUCCCGACUCUAAACAUAAGACUCGUUGUCUGUCUUGCCUUCCAUGUCGUUACUACAACCUGAUUGGUCAGUUGUGUCACCGUAACACUGAAGCUCUGGUUAAAGCCCCUAUUUCAUCUCUGGAUGCUCUGAGGAGGAGGCUUCAUGUCAGAGACCUGUCCUCCUCCUCCUCCUCCUUCAGUCCUCCUCUGUUCAGAACCUCCAUCCAGCUCGCCAUCCCCAACAUCGUCCUCAGACCGAGCUUCGAUGACAUCCAGAGUGUGAUCAAUAAACUGGUUGGCGUCGUCCUGUCCGUGACCAAAGACAUCCCUCUGUGGACGUACUCUCACCUGCAGUACAAACAGCUUCAGGUGGAGCAGGAAGCGGGACGCAGCGCAGGAGACGACGUCCCGGUGAAGCCGCUGAUUCUGCGAUCUCUGGACCGACAGCUGGCUGAACACAACGACGUCACCAAGCUGGUGACGCAGCUCAGCUCCAUCCUGUUGUCUCUUCAACCUCAGGCUGCUGAUACACUGAAUGAACUCAGCCACUUCUCCGCUCUGUGGAACCAGGACCCCGAGGACCAGAUCCAGUCCUUCCUGCAGUCCGACCCAUCAGUGACCGAGUUCAGCGCUCAGAUCUCCUUCUACUCCAAGCUGGAGCUGCAGAUUUCGGAGCUGCCGGCUUCGUACACCGUGGGUUCGAUCCUCCUCGAUACCGAGGAGCUGAAGCUGGCGCUGACUCAGGAGUGUCGAGUCUGGAAACGAGCCUUCGGGGCCGCCUUGAACCGCCGGGCAUCCGCCGACAUGAACCACGUCUUCUCCUUCGUCGACGGGAUGACGAAGCGUCUGCAGCGGCCAAUCACAGACCUGGAGGAUGUCAGAGGGGCCAUGGCGGCGCUCAGAGAGGUUCGGGAGGUGGGGAUUGGUAUCGACGCCACCAUCGGUCCAGUGGACGAAUCUUUCGCUCUACUCAACAAACACGAGCUGUUCUUUAACGACGGGAACGCGGAGCUAGUCGACGGUCUGACUUACGCCUGGAAAAACCUGGACGCUCUGGUGGUGCAGAACCAGAACACUCUGCUGAAGAUCCAGCCCAGCAUGAAGGCCGACCUGCUGUCAUCGGUGCAGAGCUUCCAGAGCAACGUUCAGACAUUCUGCAGCGAAUACAACGACCGGGGCCCCGGCGUUGAGGGUUUGGAUCCGGCCGACGCCAGUGAGCGGCUGCAAGUUUUUCAGACCGAGUUCGAUCAGCUGUGGAGGAAAUACAUCACGUAUUCUGGAGGAGAGGAGCUGUUCGGUCUGGUCGUUAACGAGUACCCGGAUCUGCAGAGGAUCAAGAGGGAGCUGUCUCUGCUGGCAAAGCUCUACAGUUUGUACAACGCCGUCAUCGACAACGUCAGCGGUUACUACGACAUCCUGUGGGCCGACCUGAACAUCGAGAAGGUCAACACCGAGCUCCAGGACUUCCAGAACAGGAUCCGGAAGCUUCCAAAGGCUCUGAAGGAGUGGCAGGCCUUCAGAGACCUGAAGAAAACCAUCGACGACUUCACAGAGACCUGCCCCCUGCUCACCAUGAUGGCCAACAAGGCGAUGCUGUCUCGACACUGGACUCGUCUCAGUGAUUUGACAUCUCACACCUUCGAUGUGGAUUUGGACAGUUUCUGCCUCAGAAACAUCAUGGAGGCUCCGCUGCUCAAAUACAAAGAAGACAUCGAGGAUGUUUGCAUCAGUGCGGUGAAGGAGCGAGACAUCGAGGCCAAGCUGAAGGACGUGGCCGCCGAGUGGAGCAGCCAGACGCUCAGCUUCUCCACCUUCAGGACCAGAGGAGAACUGCUGCUCAAAGGAGCCGACGUGGCCGACAAGAUCUCCAUGAUGGAGGACAGUCUGAUGGUCUUGUCAUCGCUGCUGAGCAACCGGUACAACGCUCCGUUCAAACCGUCCAUCCAGCUGUGGGUCCAGAAACUGUCCAACACCUCUGAGAUCAUAGAGAAGUGGCUGUCGGUUCAAAACCUGUGGAUCUACCUGGAGGCUGUGUUUGUGGGCGGAGACAUCGCCAAACAGCUGCCUCAGGAGGCCAAACGUUUCCAGAACAUCGAUAAGCUGUGGCAGAGGAUCAUGCAGCGAGCCCAUGAGCUCCCUAACGUGGUGCAGUGCUGCGUGGGAGACGAGAUGCUGAGCCAGUUGCUUCCUCACCUCCUGGAGCAGCUGGAGCUCUGUCAGAAGUCUCUGUCCGGUUACCUGGAGAAGAAACGCCUGGUGUUUCCGCGCUUUUUCUUCGUGUCCGACCCCGCCCUGCUGGAGAUCCUGGGCCAGGCCUCAGACUCACACACUAUCCAGGCUCAUCUGCUCAGUCUGUUUGACAACGUUAACCGAGUCAUUUUCAACGAGAAGGUCUACGACCAGAUCCUCAGUUUUCAGUCUCAGGAAGGAGAAACUGUGGAUCUGAGUCAGCCCGUCACAGCUCAGGGGAACGUGGAGACCUGGUUGGGUCAGCUGUUGUCCGGAGUGAGACGCACCAUCCACACCAUCAUCCGUCAGGCCUACCUGGCCAUCAGCGACCAAGGCCUGAAGCUGCUGGAGUUCCAGUCGGCCUUCCCGGCUCAAAUAGGGCUCCUGGGGAUCCAGAUGAUCUGGACCAGAGAUGCAGAGGAGGCCCUGGUCCGCAGCAAGUCUGACAAGAAGGUAAUGCUGACGACCAAUCAGAAGUUCCUGGAUCUCCUUAACGAGCUGAUCGACAUGACGACCAGGGAGCUGAGCAAGAACGAGAGGACCAAGUACGAGACGCUCAUCACCAUCCACGUCCACCAGAGAGACAUCUUUGACGAGCUGGUGAAACUAAACGUGCGAUCGGCGUCGGACUUCGAGUGGCAGAAACAAUCAAGGUUUUACUUUUCAGAGGAGACGGACAAAUGUGUGAUCCAGAUUACAGACGUGGAGUUCAGCUACUGCAACGAUACCUGGGCUGCACCCGGAUCCCGACUGGUGAUCACGCCCCUCCCAGACAUUACGUGUUACAUCACCCUGUCUCAGGCCUUGGGGAUGAGUAUGGGCGGAGCUCCGGCGGGUCCGGCAGGAACAGGUAAAACAGAGACCACCAAAGACAUGGGCCGCUGUUUGGGCAAAUACGUGGUGGUUUUCAACUGCUCAGACCAGAUGGACUACAGAGGACUGGGUCGCAUUUACAAAGGUCUGGCCCAGUCCGGGGCCUGGGGCUGCUUCGACGAGUUCAACCGCAUCGAGCUGCCGGUCCUGUCUGUGGCCGCCCAGCAGAUCUACAUUGUCCUCCAGUGUAAGAAGAACAAGAAGCAGCAGUUCAUUUUCACCGACGGAGACGUGGUCGACAUGGACCCCGAGUUCGGCAUCUUCCUCACCAUGAACCCUGGGUAUGCCGGCCGCCAGGAGCUUCCAGAAAACCUAAAGAUCCAGUUCCGGACGGUGGCCAUGAUGGUCCCGGAUCGAGCCAUCAUCAUGAGGGUCAAGCUGGCCAGCGCCGGUUUCCGUGACAACCAGGUUCUGAGCAGGAAGUUCUACACUCUGUACAAACUGUGUGAGGAGCAGCUCUCCAAACAGGUCCACUAUGACUUCGGUCUGCGGAACAUUCUGUCGGUUCUGAGGACGCUGGGGGCCGUGAAGAGAUCCAACCCGUCAGAACCAGAGAAGACGGUGGUCAUGAGGGUCCUGAGAGACAUGAACCUGUCCAAACUGGUGGACGAGGACGAGCCUCUGUUCAUGAGUCUCAUCAAUGAUCUGUUUCCUGGUAUCGUAUUGGACAAAGCCGGGUAUCCAGACCUGGAGGCGUCCAUCAUGAGUCAGGCCCAGCAGGCCGGUCUGAUCGCCCACCCCCCCUGGGUCCUCAAACUGAUCCAGCUCUACGAGACCCAGAGAGUCCGACACGGGAUGAUGACUCUGGGUCCAAGUGGCGCCGGAAAAACCACCUGCAUCCACACCCUGAUGAAGGCCAUGUCGGACUGUGGAUCCCCACACCGCGAGAUGAGGAUGAACCCCAAAGCCAUCACGGCCUCGCAGAUGUUCGGCACGCUGGACGUCACCACCAACGACUGGACCGACGGCAUCUUCUCAACGCUGUGGAGGAAAACUCUGAGGGCCAAGAAGGGUGAACACAUCUGGAUUGUGCUGGACGGCCCAGUCGACGCCAUCUGGAUUGAAAACCUGAAUUCAGUUUUGGACGACAACAAAACUCUGACGCUGGCCAAUGGAGACCGAAUCCCCAUGGCUCCGUGCUGCAAGAUUGUGUUCGAGCCUCACAACAUCGACAACGCGUCACCGGCCACGGUGUCCAGGAACGGGAUGGUGUUCAUGAGCUCGUCGGUGCUCAGCUGGAGGCCCAUCCUCCAGGCCUGGCUGCAGACGUUACCGGAGCAACAGGCCGACGCCCUCAGGCUCUGCUUCGACAGCUGCUACCAGGAAUUGUUGGACUUCGUGUCGACUGCCGUGAAUCCGAAGAUGCAGGUGUUGGAGUGCAUGUACAUCCGACAGACCAUCGACCUGCUGCAGGGUUUGCUCCCAGCGCCGGAGGAGAAGCAGGGUUGCCGUGGUAAUGUGGGCCGGCUCUUUGCAUUUGCUGUGAUGUGGUCCUUGGGGGCACUGCUGGAGCUGGACGACAGAGCCAAGAUGGUGGCCUUCAUACAGGAUCAGGGUUUGUCACUGGACCUGCCCCAGACCCAGGACCAGGACCAGACCAUCUUUGAGUUCACCGUCAGCGACCAGGGCCAGUGGGAGCACUGGUCCAAUAAGGUCCCGGAGUACGUCUACCCUAAAGACCACGUCCCAGACUACUCAUCCAUCCUGGUCCCCAACGUGGACAACGUGAGGACGGACUUCCUGAUGCAGACCAUCCUGAAGCAGAGGAAGGCUGUGCUGCUGAUCGGAGAACAGGGAACGGCCAAGACCGUCAUGAUCCAGGGCUACACCAGUAAACUGGACCCAGAGGUCCACCUCAGCAAGACCCUCAACUUCUCUUCAGCGACGCUGCCCGGAAUGUUCCAGAGAACCAUCGAGAGCUACAUCGACAAACGCGUGGGCGCCACCUACGGGCCGCCGGCGGGACGCAGGAUGACGGUGUUCAUCGAUGACAUCAACAUGCCCGUGAUCAACGAGUGGGGAGACCAGAUAACCAAUGAGAUUGUGCGUCAGCUGAUGGAGCAAGGGGGUUUCUACAGUCUGGAUCGUCCAGGAGAGUUCACCACCGUGGUUGACGUUCAGCUGGUGGCGGCCAUGAUCCACCCGGGCGGCGGCCGUAACGACAUCCCCCAGCGUCUGAAGAGGCAGUUCUCCAUCUUCAACUGCACGCUGCCCUCCAACUCCUCCAUCGAUAAGAUCUUUGGCACCGUGGCCCAGGGGUACUUCUGCUCAGAGAGAGGCUUCGCUCCUGAGGUGUGUCGGCUCGCCGCCGCCCUCGUCCCCACCACCCGACGGGUGUGGCAGAACAUCAAGGCCAAGAUGUUACCGUCUCCUGCUAAGUUUCACUACAUCUUCAACCUGAGAGACCUGAGCAGAAUCUGGCAGGGCAUCCUAACGGUGCAGUCGGAGGUCUGCGAUUCGCCGCCGAUCCUCUCCGCUCUGUUUCACCACGAAUGCAGCAGAGUGAUCUCAGACCGCUUCAUCAGCAACAGCGACAGGGAAACUUUCAGUCGCAUCAUGGAGAAGAUCACAGCAGAGGAUCAUGGGAAGACCCUGACUGAGCACGCUCAGUGGAACAGCUGCUUCGUGGACUUCCUGCGCGACGCUCCUGAGGCGACGGGCGAUGAACCUGAAGAUGUGGAACUGGAAGCUCCGAAACUGUAUGAGCCAAUUCCACCGCUGGACGCGCUGGCUGAGCGGCUGUCAGUUUUCCAGCUGCAGUACAAUGAGGCGGUGAGGGGCGGAGCCAUGGACCUCGUCUUCUUCAAGGACGCCAUGACACACCUGAUGCGGAUCUCCCGGAUCCUGCGGACCCCUCUGGGGAACGCCCUCCUGGUCGGGGUGGGCGGGUCCGGGAAGCAGAGUCUGACCCGUCUGGCGUCGUUCAUCGCAGGAUACCAGACGUUCCAGAUCACCCUGACCAGGUCGUAUGGAUGCUCGAACCUGCUGGAGGACCUGAAGGCUUUGUACCGCAUCGCCGGUCAGCAGGGAAAAGGCGUCACCUUCCUGUUCACGGACAACGACAUCAAAGACGAGGCUUUCCUGGAGUAUAUGAACAACGUCCUGGCCAGCGGCGAAGUUUCCAACCUGUUUGCUCGUGACGAACUGGACGACAUCACGCAGGAUCUGAUCCCCGUCAUGAAGAAACAGCACCCCCGCCGACCCCCGACCCCAGAAAACCUCUACGACUACUUCCUGUCCAGAGUUCGCAGUAACCUACAUGUCGUCCUCUGCUUCUCACCUGUUGGCGAGAAAUUCCGCACCAGAGCCUUAAAGUUCCCGGGCCUGAUCUCUGGCUGCACCGUGGACUGGUUCCAGCGCUGGCCUCGGGACGCCCUGGUGGCCGUCUCGCAGCACUUCCUGUCUCAGUACCAGGAUCUGCGCUGCUCGGACGACGUGAAGCAGAGCAUGGUGGUUACCAUGGGAACUUUCCAGGACCUGGUGGCGGAGAAAUGCUCCGAGUACUUUGAGCGUUUUCGGCGUCAGACGUUUGUGACCCCGAGAUCCUACCUGUCCUUCAUCAACAGCUACAAGAUCAUCUACAGCGAGAAGAUCGCUCAUGUGGGGACGCUGGCAGAACGCAUGAAGACCGGUCUGAGUAAACUGAUGGAGGCGGAGCAGUCGGUGUCUGAGCUCUCAGAACAGCUGGUCGUGAAGGAAAAGGAGCUCGCUGUCGCCUCUGAGAAGGCAGACGUGGUCCUGCAGGAGGUCAGGGUCAAAGCCCAGGCUGCAGAGAAGGUGAAGCAGCAGGUGCAGAAGGUGAAGGACAAAGCCCAGAUCAUCGUGGAUGAGAUAGAAGUCGAUAAAGCAAUGGCAGAAUCCAAACUGGAGGCAGCCAAACCAGCGCUGGCGGCAGCAGAGGAGGCACUACAGACCAUCAAACCGGCCGACAUCGCCACCGUCAGGAAGCUGCAGAAGCCUCCACACCUCAUCAUGAGGAUCAUGGACGCCGUGCUGCUGCUGUUCCAGAGGAAGAUCGACCUGGUGACCCCGGACCCCGAGAGGCCGUGUCCGAAGCCGUCGUGGUCCGAGGCCAUGAAGCUGAUGCAGAACUCGGCCUUCCUCAGCAUGUUGCUCAACUUCAGCAAGGACUCCAUCACAGAGGAGGUGGUGGAGCUGCUGGCUCCGUACCUGGGCAUGGACGACUACAACCUAGACUCGGCCAAGCGGAUCUGCGGGAACGUGGCCGGACUGUGCUCCUGGACCGAGGCCAUGGUGGACUUCUUCGCCAUCAACAAGGAGGUCCUGCCUCUGAAGGCCAACCUGGCGCUGCAGGAGUCCCGUCUGGUGGUGGCUCAGUCUGAACUGGCCAAAGCUCAGGAGCAGCUGGACGCCAAGCAGCAGGAACUGGACGCUGUACAGGCUCUUUACGACGCUGCCAUGAAGGAGAAACAGGACCUGGAGGACGACGCCCAGGCCUGCAGACGCAAGAUGGCCAACGCCACGGCUCUGAUCGACGGACUGGGAGGAGAGAAGGUGCGUUGGACUGAGAGCAGCGCCGGCUUCCAGACUCAGAUCCGACACCUGGUGGGAGACGUCCUCCUGUCCACCGGCUUCCUGUCGUACGCCGGUCCGUUCAACCAGGAGUACCGCAGUCUGCUGCUGGAGCUGUGGAAAAAAGACAUGGAGGAACACCACAUCCCCUUCAGCCCCGAAUUGAAUGUGAUUGGUCUGUUGGUGGAUGCCGCCACCGUCAGUGAGUGGAACCUGCAGGGUUUACCCAGCGACGACCUGUCCAUCCAGAACGGCAUCGUGGUCACCAAGGCCCCCCGCUACCCGCUGCUCAUCGACCCCCAGGGCCAGGGCAAGACCUGGAUCCAGAACAGAGAGCAAGACCGGCAGCUGCAGGUGACGUCUCUGAACCAUAAAUACUUCCGCUCCCACCUGGAGGACAGCCUGUCCCUGGGGCGCCCCCUGCUGCUGGAGGACGUGGGAGAGGAGCUGGACCCGGUCCUGGACAACAUCCUGGACAAGAACUACAUCAAAUCUGGAUCCACUUAUAAGGUUAAAGUUGGAGAUAAGGAGGUGGAUGUGAUGAAGGGCUUCACCCUCUACAUCACCACCAAACUGGCCAACCCUGCGUACAGCCCAGAGGUCAGCGCCCGGACAGCCGUGGUGGAUUUCACUGUGACCCAGCGAGGCCUGGAGGACCAGCUGCUGGGCCGGGUCAUCCUCCUGGAGAAACAGGAGCUGGAGUCUGAGCGGGUGAAACUCCUGGAGGAGGUGACGUCCAACAAGAGGAAGAUGCAGGAGCUGGAGGACAGUCUGCUGUUCAGACUGACCAGUACCCAGGGCUCCCUGGUGGAGGACCAGUCCCUCAUCGAGGUGCUGAGGGUCACCAAGACCACGGCUCAGGAGGUCAGUGAGAAACUGUCGGUGGCGGCAGAGACAGAACUGAAGAUCAACCAGGCCAGAGAGGAGUACCGGCCGGUGGCCACCAGGGGCAGCAUCCUGUACUUCCUGAUCGUGGAGAUGUCUGUGGUGAACGUCAUGUACCAGACGUCUCUGGGACAGUUCUUAGGCCUGUUCGACUCGUCCAUGCAGAACUCCACCAAGGCACACGUCACCUCCAAACGCAUCAGCAACAUCAUCAGCUUCCUCACCUACCAGGUGUUCUGUUACACAGCCAGAGGUUUGUACGAGGAACACAAGCUGCUGUUCACUCUGCUGCUCACACUGAAGAUCGACCUGCAGGCACGACACAUCUCCCACCCAGAAGUGUUAACCUUCAUCAAAGGCGGUGCGUCUCUGGACCUGAACUCUGUUGAACCCAAACCUCGUCGCUGGAUCCUGGACCAGACGUGGCUCAACCUGGUUCAGCUGUCCACUCUACCUCAGUUCACCCAGAUCCUUAAUCAGGUAAGUCAGAACGAGCGUCACUGGAAGGCGUGGUUUGACCAUCCCACGCCCGAGGACGCCGCGCUUCCCGACGGAUACGAAGACAAACUCAACACAUUCAGGAAACUGCUUCUGAUCCGGAGCUGGUGUCCAGACCGAACCAUCGCUCAGGCGCGGCGCUACAUCUCCGAGUCUCUGGGUCAGCAGUACGCUGAAGGCGUGGUUCUGAACCUGGACGCCAUGUGGGCCGAAAGCGACAACAGGACGCCCAUGGUGUGUCUGCUGUCCAUGGGUUCUGACCCGACGGAGAACAUCGAGAGGCUGGCGAAGAGCAAGGGGGCACCGUGCCAUCCCAUCUCAAUGGGGCAGGGCCAAGAGGUUCACGCUCGCAGACUAUUGGCCAACAGCAUGACGGACGGCGGCUGGCUCCUCCUCCAGAACUGUCACCUGGGGCUGGUCUUCCUGGACGAGCUGCUGGAGACGGUCACCACGGCAACGCCUGAGAACGUUCACAAGGGCUUCAGGGUGUGGGUGACGACCGACAUGCACCCCAGAUUUCCCAUCACUUUCCUUCAGUCCUCCAUCAAAUUCACCAAUGAACCUCCACUUGGGAUGAAAGCUGGUCUGAAGAGGACCUUCAACGGCGUCUCUCAGGACCAGUUGGAGAUCACGAACCUGCCUCAGUGGAAGCCUCUGCUGUUCGCUGUGGCCUUCCUGCACACCACCGUACAGGAGCGCCGUAAGUUCGGUCCUCUGGGCUGGAACAUCCCGUACGAGUUCAACCAGGCCGACUUCACCUCCAGCAUUCAGUUUGUCCAGAACCACCUGGACGACCUGGACUCCAAGAGAGGCGUCAACUGGAGCUGCCUACGCUACAUGUUGGGUGAGGUCCAGUAUGGAGGCCGGGUCACAGACGACCUGGACAAGCGGCUGCUCAACACCUUCACCCAGGUCUGGUUCAGUGAAAAAACCUUCAGCGACAACUUCUUUUUCUACAAAGGCUACACCAUCCCCACCAAGGCCAAGACGGUCCAGGACAUCCUGCAGCACAUCGAGGCGCUGCCGCUGGUCGACUCCCCAGAGGUGUUUGGACUCCACCCCAACGCUGACAUCACCUAUCAGACCAACCUGGCCAAUGAGACGCUCAGCACCAUCAUCAACAUCCAACCGAAGGACAGCGGAGGCGGAGCCGGGGAGACCAGGGAGGCCAGCGUACAGAGAUUAGCCAAUGAGAUGCUGGAGAAGCUGCCACCUGACUACGUACCACAUGAGGUGAAAAGUCAGCUGCAGAGGUUGGGUCCGCUGCAGCCAAUGAACAUCUUCCUCCGACAGGAAGUGGACCGCAUGCAGCGAGUCAUCAGCAUCGUACGGACCACGCUCACUGACCUCAACCUGGCCAUCAACGGGACCAUCAUCAUGUCCGAGGACCUGCGAGACGCUCUGGACUGCAUGUUCGACGCUCGCAUCCCUCGGCUGUGGCUGCGCCUCAGCUGGCCCUCGGCCACGCUGGGGUUCUGGUUCAGCGAACUCCUGGAGCGGAACCAGCAGCUGAGUGCCUGGAUCAGCAGCAGACGACCCAACCAGUUCUGGAUCACAGGCUUCUUCAACCCACAGGGUUUUCUGACCGCUAUGCGUCAGGAGACAACGCGCUCCAACCAGUCCAGAGGUUGGGCCUUGGAUACCGUCACCCUUAGCAACGAAGUCACUAAGAUGAUGAGGGAGGACGUGUCGGCCCCGCCUCCUGAGGAUAAGGGCGGAGUCUACAUUUACGGACUGUUUCUGGAUGGAGCGGGUUGGGACCGACGAGGAGCCAGGAUUACUGAAGCCCCGCCCAAGGUCCUCUUCACGCCACUCCCCGUGGUCCACGUCUUCGCCGUCAACUCAUCCAACAUGGCCGACAGUAAACGUCCUCCGGGCGCCAUCAGCCUGUACUCGUGUCCGGUUUAUAAGAAGCCCCGUCGCACCGACCUCAACUACAUCUUCUCUCUGCAUCUGUGGAGUUCGCAACCGGCCGAACACUGGACGCUGCGAGGAGCGGCGCUACUCUGCGACUGCAAGUGAAUGAGCGGCGACUUUGCAGAGACGACGACCGUCAGGAUGAACUUUUAACCUCCGACGUUUUAACGCCUUCAACACGUAAAACAAAGCAGCUUCAUGAAGGUUGAGGUGAAGGUUUUCUAACGCUGUUUCCCAGGGUUUUGUUGUGGUUUUUGACACAUUCAGGUAAAUAUGGAUUGUUCUGUUCAAGUUCAAAC